CUUGUGUUUCACCAGGAGAAAAUCAGCUUCCUGUUUGGAUACCCACUAGACAUUUGAAGUUCUACAAUGAACCCAUCGGAGAUGCAAAGGAAAGCGCCUCCACGGAGACGGAAACACCGCAAUCAGGCACCAUUGAUUCGCAGGAUGAAUCAAGUGGUGAUAUUAGAAAAACAGAUGAAGUCACCACGCACCAAGAAGGCGGAGCUGCCAACCUGGGCACAGUUAAAGAAGCUGACACUGUUAGCUAGAAAAAGCCUAGCUAGCACAAAGGUGACACAAACCUCAGAAAAAAUGCUGUUUGCAGCUUUAAUGGUUGUAUCAACGGUGGUAAGUCUCCCCAUGCCUGCAGGAGCAGCUGCAGCUAAUUAUACCUACUGGGCCUAUGUGCCUUUCCCGCCCUUAAUUCGGGCAGUCACUUGGAUGGAUAAUCCCAUUGAAGUAUAUGUUAAUAAUAGUGUGUGGGUAGCUGGUCCCACAGAUGAUCGUUGCCCUGCAAAACCGGAGGAAGAAGGAAUGAUGAUAAAUAUUUCCAUUGGGUAUCGUUAUCCUCCUAUAUGUCUCGGGAGAGCACCAGGAUGUUUAAUGCCUGCUAUCCAAAAUUGGUUGGUAGAAGUACCUACUCUCAAUCCCACCAGUAGAUUUACUUAUCAUAUGGUAAGCGGUAUGUCACUCAAACCACAGGUAAACUAUUUACAAGACUUCUCUUAUCAAAGAUCAUUAAUAUUUAGGCCAAAAGGAAGACCUUGCCCCAAAGAGAUUUCCAUAAAAACAAAAGAUUUAGUUUGGGAAGAAUGUGUGGCCGAUAGUGCCGUGAUUUUACAAAACAACACAUUUGGAACUGUUAUAGAUUGGGCACCUCGAGGUCAAUUCUACCACGAUUGCACAGGACAAACUCAAUUCUGUCCCAAUUCACUAGUGAGUCCAACUGUUGAUAGUGACUUAACAAAAAAUUUAGACAAACAUAGGUACAAGAAAUUUCAGUCUUUCUACCCUUGGAAAUGGGGAGAAAAGGGAACCUCUACUCCAAGACCAAAAAUAGUAAGUCCGGUUUUUGGUCCUGAACAUCCAGAAUUAUGGAGGCUUACUGUGGCUACAUACACCUUAGAAUUUGGUCUGGGAACCAAACUAUAGAAACAAGAGAUUAUAAAACAUUUUACUCUAUCAACCUAAAUUCCAGUCUAACAGUUCCUUUACUAAGUUGUGUAAAACCCCCUUAUAUGUUAGUCAUAGGAAAUGUAGUUAUUAAACCAGACUCCCAAA